GGCGGGCUCCGGAGGCCGGUGGCGCGCAYGCGCCCUACUACCACCGCUGUCGCUGCAGUGAGAGAAGCUGGAGCGAUGGCCGGGUCCGCGUGGAUCUCCAAGGUCUCUCGGCUGCUGGGUGCAUUCCACAAUCCAAAACAGGUGACCAGAGGUUUUGCUGGUGGUGUUCAGACAGUAACUUUAAUUCCAGGAGAUGGAAUUGGCCCAGAAAUUUCAGCUGCAGUUAUGAAGAUUUUUGAUGCUGCCAAAGCACCUAUUCAGUGGGAGGAGCGGAAUGUCACUGCCAUUCAAGGACCUGGAGGAAAGUGGAUGAUACCUCCGGAAGCCAAAGAGUCAAUGGACAAGAACAAGAUGGGAUUGAAAGGCCCUUUAAAGACCCCAAUAGCAGCCGGUCACCCAUCUAUGAAUUUAUUGCUGCGUAAAACAUUUGACCUUUAUGCCAACGUCCGACCAUGUGUCUCAAUUGAAGGGUAUAAAACUCCUUACACUGAUGUAAAUAUUGUCACCAUUCGAGAGAACACAGAAGGAGAGUACAGUGGAAUUGAGCAUGUGAUUGUUGAUGGAGUUGUGCAAAGCAUCAAGCUCAUCACUGAGCAGGCGAGCAAACGCAUUGCUGAAUUUGCCUUUGAGUAUGCCCGGAACAAUCACCGGAGCAAUGUCACAGCUGUGCACAAAGCCAACAUCAUGCGAAUGUCAGAUGGGCUUUUUCUGCAGAAAUGCAGGGAAGUUGCAGAAAACUGUAAAGACAUUAAAUUUAAUGAGAUGUACCUUGAUACAGUAUGUUUGAAUAUGGUACAAGACCCAUCCAAAUUUGAUGUUCUUGUUAUGCCAAAUUUAUACGGAGAUAUCCUUAGUGACCUGUGUGCGGGACUGAUCGGAGGUCUUGGUGUGACCCCAAGUGGCAACAUUGGAGCCAACGGGGUCGCCAUCUUUGAGUCGGUUCAUGGGACUGCCCCUGACAUUGCAGGCAAGGACAUGGCCAAUCCCACAGCCCUGCUGCUCAGUGCCGUGAUGAUGUUACGCCACAUGGGACUUUUUGACCAUGCUGCAAGAAUUGAGGCUGCGUGUUUUGCUACAAUUAAGGAUGGAAAGAGUUUAACUAAAGAUUUGGGAGGCAAUGCAAAAUGCUCAGACUUCACAGAAGAAAUCUGUCGCCGGGUAAAAGAUUUAAAUUAAUGUCUCUACAGAUGGCACUAGCUGCAGUCACUCCCAAGGGACACCACCACAUAAACCUCUCUCUAGAAUACCUGCUAUUAUAUGUGCAUUUGGUUUGCUUGUUCCUUGACAGAGUACAUUUUAGAUCUGACCUUUUCUUAGGAAAGUCUGUGCAAAGGAUGCAGGUGUGAUGUCCCUAGGCCUGUUUUCAAAGGACUUUUUCCAAGUAUUUCUUUUAUUUAUUAAAUGUCUAUCUGAUAAACCUUUUUUGUAAACUGUACGUGGACUGUAUCAUUUGCCAUUGUUAACCAUUUUACACUUCAGUUAAAAUAAUUUUUCUUCAACUGUAAAUAUUAUGAUACAGAUUAAUAAGAGAAAACAUCUAACUUUUUAAACAAAAGUCCUAUUUUCUUUGGUAUAUGAAAAUAAACUGGGAUAUUGGCAUAAUAGCACAAGAUGACAUAAAACUAAAUGGGCAUAAGAGAAACUUCUUGGGAAAGUUCAUAUCAAAAAUAGUGAAAUGAUAUAUUCCUUGAUGGUAUGGAAAAUAACAGAUUUGUCCUUUACAUGAAUUAAUAUGAAUAAAAAUUUUAGAUCCAAGAAAUAUAUAAUGAGCAAUGUAAUUUUGUUAAUAAGAUAUAUAAUAUAUUGGGUUCAAAUCCAAAACUGCAUUGUGUAUUCAAUUAUUUUGUUAAUCUUAAAAUUUAAUAUUCUUUGCAAGAGCUCUUAGUGAAGCAAAGUAAUUCUUUUUCACUGGACACAUCAUAUGUAUCAUGAAUUGUCACAGCCUAUGAGCCCCUGUACUGACACCCUGAGUUCAGGCCAAGGAGCUAACCAUUGUGCACACUUACUCUUGCAUGUCACUGUCUGGAAACAGACUGUACUCCAACUGGUACUGCCCAGGUGACACUGCUUAGUGGCCUGAUCACUUUUUUGGCUGCAGUUAAGGAACUUGGGUUGUUGGCUCUUGAUUUUGCAUUUCAGUGGCUUCCCCUUCGCCUCCCUCUAAGCACCAAAUCACUGCCCUCUGCCACAACAGCACCAGUAAAAGAUGCCAUUGCAGAGACAGGAGCUGACAGCUCAAGCUGAUUGACAGAAUCAUGCCAUAAUGGGUCCUGGGCUUAUCCGCUUAUGACCUUCAGGCAUCUUCUUUCCCCAGCCCCCUCUCUUCUGCUACAGCAUGAAUAGUUACCCUUUGGCCCCAUACCAAAUGCAACUCAUGUCCUCCCUUGGCUCUUGUGUAAAUCUGCAAACYUGUGGCUUUGCAUAAUGUACCCAGGUCACAAGGGUAUUUCUUAACAACAAAUAUCCCUGUCUGGGUCAGUUUUUAAGCUUGUAACCAGACUUAUAAUCUUAUGUAUAUUUUACUUUGUUUUAAGCUGCCGCUUCCUCUGAUUUAUUGGAAUGUGCUAUAAUAAUCAGUGGCUCUUGGUUUCACAGUAAUAAAGAAUUCCAAAAC